AAACUAAAACCACAACAAAAAUGAAGUCCUUUUAAACAGCAACAACAACAACAACACAUCUAGCAUUUAAUAAUUAAAAGAAAAUAAGAAAAACAUAAAAUCAUUUAACUAACAAAUAAAGGAAAAAUAAAACCAAAUUAAUCCUCUUAAAUUAAAAAAAUAAAAAAAGAAUAACAGCAUAAAAAGGAAUUUGAAAAAGUCCUUUUUUCACAUUAAACACAUUUACCAACAAAAGCCAACCAACCAACCACCACCAUCAAACCCGAGGCACAACAACACAACAGCAGCAGCAAACAAACAUCUCUUAAGUUUCACGUGUUACUUCAAACCAAACUAACACUGCAACCCUUAAAUAAGGAUACGGAAAUACAGAGAUUUCAUUUUACUGUCUCUCUUCGUUUCCUUGUUUUCAAAGAUUUUAUUUAGAACUUUAUUUUCUUAAAAGCGAAAAAAACAAAAAUAAAUUUACAACAAACAUUUGCUUUUCUUAAGUUGUUGCGUGCUUAGUGGCGUGCUUCACUUGAUUUCAAAAAACAUUUUUGUUGAUCACUUACUAAUUGUUGGAAAUGGAAAAAUCUGAACAAUUUUCAGAUUAUCUUUUUGCUAAAAUGGGUCCACCACACUCUACGACAGUCAAUGGCUCGGAGCUGCCACCGAAAACUACCGAACGUUGUGAGGCUCCGCGUGAGCUGAAAGGCUAUCGCAAGUGGUUGAGUGAAAAUCUUAUGCUGCUGGUCACAUUGUCUGGUGUCAUGUUGGGUGUUAUUUUAGGUUUCUCUCUCCGCCCUUUACAUCUGCAUGAAGAUUCGAUAAUGUUGAUCUCGUAUCCGGGUGAAUUGUUUAUGCGUGUCUUGAAAUUAAUGAUUUUACCGUUAGUCAUCUCAAGUUUAAUUGCCGGCUCGGCCAGUCUGAAUGCACGGAUGAAUGGUAAAAUUGCCUUGAGAACCUUAGUGUAUUUCGCUUCCACAUCAUUGUUGAAUGCUGCAUUGGGUAUAGCGUUGGUGAUGUUAAUACAUCCUGGUGACCCGGAUUUACAUAAUACAACAGAUCGUUCCACGGAUAAGAGGGCUGUGAAUCUAUUGGAUAGUUUAUUGGAUUUGGGAAGAAACGUCUUUCCGGAUAACUUAUUCCAAGCCUCAUUUCAACAAGCGCACACUGUUUAUCUGCCUAAACCUUCAAUAACCAACACAUUUAACGAAACUGUCAAUGACACCGCUCUAAUUGGCAAUGGUGCCGGUGGUAGCGGUGGUGGUGGUAGCGGUGAUGGAACUAAUGACUCCACAGAUGACAUGGUUGAGGAAGAACCACAACUGAUACGUGUUAUUCAGUAUCGCAGCGGCACUAAUACUCUGGGCAUUGUAUUCUUUUGUUUAGUUUUUGGCACAUUCCUUGGCACUAUUGGUCAGAAGGGACAAGUAGUGGUCGAUUUCUUUGCAGCCAUUUUUGAAGUUGUCAUGAAAAUGGUCACUUGCGUUAUGUGGCUGACACCGGUGGGCAUUAGUUCUGUGAUAGCGGGGAAAAUAUUAAGUGUUAACGAUCUACACUUGGUAAUGGCUCAAUUGAUGUGGUUCAUAUUAACGGUGGCGGUGGGUGUCGUCCUGUAUCAGUUGGUCAUCAUGCAAGCCAUUUACUAUGUAUUCGUGCGUCGCAAUCCCUUCAAGUUCUAUGCAGGAUUAAUUCAAGCCAUGCUCACUGCAUUUGCGACAGCUUCAACUGCUGCUGCACUUCCUGUAACAUUCCGUUGCAUGAAUGAUAAGUUACGUGUGGAUCAACGUAUAACACGUUUCGUUUUACCCAUUGGCUGUAAUGUCAAUAUGGAUGGUACUGCUCUAUUCAUCUCAAUUGCUUCGAUAUUUAUUGCUCAAAUGAGUGGCAUGACUUUGGGUUUUGGUGAACUUGUCACGGUACUCUUGACAUCGACAGCAGCCUCUAUGAGUUCGGCCAGCGUUCCCAGUGCUGCAUUGGUUUUAUUGUUGGUGGUUUUGACAGCAAUCGAUGCACCGGUUCAGGAUGUAACACUACUAUUUGCCGUUGAUUGGUUUGUCGAUCGCAUACGUACAACAAAUAAUAUGCUGGGAGAUUGUUAUACUGCUGCCGUCGUUGAGGAACUUUCACGCAAAGAAUUAAUGGCACUCGAUGCUGCUGUACUCUAUCAGGAAAUUCCUAUUAGUACUCCAAAUGGUCAUGUCAGUUUAGAAGGACAAACUGAAUUGGAUAGUAAUUGUACUAUACCGGAUGCUGUUAUCGUUGAUAUGAAUGUGGUUAUUAACAAAGUCCAUCAGCAGCAGCAGCAACAACAGCAACAUCAACAUAAUGGUCAUGCAAAUAAUAAAAUUUAAAAGCGAUACAAUACUGAGCGAAGCAAAAAGAAAGCAAAAAGAAAAUUUAAUAAUAUUUUUUAAGAAGGCAAACAACUAAUUAAUAUUUUAAAGGCAAAAGAUAAUAAUUAAUUAAACAUUAUUAUUAAGAUUUAGUAAAGAUGGUAGUGUUCCAGUAUAAACCAUAUGAAAAAAUUCAAAUAUUUAAACUGUCAAUUUUUAAAACACCACAAACACAAACAAAAUUCAAUAUUAACAACAUUUAAUUAGAAAAAAACAAUAAAUUCACAACAUUAUUAUAUAUAGAAUGAUCAUCAUUGGCUCCUUAGAAAAAAAGACUUAAAUCAUAUUUUAUCCCUUUACCAAACAAUAAUAAAAACUCAAAAAAUAUACCAAAACUUAAAGCCAGACUGUUAUUUUUACCAAAAUAAAAAAAUAACAAUAUUCCAAUUCA